ACAACAUUAUUAUUCUUCGUUCCUCGCUCGCAUUUAGUCGCGUGACUGAUUGUUUCGGAACUUCGAAACGAACGUCAAUGUGUCUUUCUUUCACUGGCGGUUCAUUGGUAACAUGAUGAAUGUAGGAGACUACAAAUUCUUUCCGUUAGGCUGGGUCAGUGUUUAGUACCCAGACACGCCGAGUUUGGUAUUUGAAUCGUUGGACUUCCCUUUGCCUCCCGACACGUCACUGGAGUCAGUUGGAUGGAAAAAGUGAGAAAAUAAGGACCAAAAUGGAGAGUUCCCAUCCGAAUCAGGUGUGCACAAGAGGCAGGGGAGCGUUCUGAGGACCUGUGAGCCGUUGCUUGUGAGAUUCUGAGAGGCCUCAGGAUGGAGGAGCAACCUAGCUGCCCCAAUGUCAGCAUUCCCUGCUACAAUGAACAGAGAGACAAGAAUAAACGCUAUACUGUUUACAAAGUAAUGGUCAGUGUUGGGAGGCAUGAGUGGUUUGUGUUCCGGAGAUAUGCAGAGUUUGAUAAACUGUACAACACUUUGAAAAAACUGUUUCCUGCUCUGAAUUUGAAGAUUCCUGCUAAGAGAAUAUUUGGAGACAACUUUGACCCAGAGUUUAUAAAACAGAGAAGAGCGGGGUUACAUGAGUUCAUUCAGAAGAUUGUGUCCCAUCCACAGCUCUGCAACCAUCCUGAUGUCAAAGACUUUCUGCAGAUGGACAAAUCUAAAAACUUCUCUGAUGCCUCAGAGGAUGAAGAUGACAAGAGUAACUCUACCUCUAGAAACAUUAACCUGGGACCAUCUGCAAACCCACAAGCAAAGCCUACUGACUUUGACUUUCUUAAAGUCAUAGGAAAGGGAAGCUUUGGAAAGGUUCUCCUUGCAAAGAGGAAGCGGGAUGGGAAGUGUUACGCCAUCAAAGUCUUGCAAAAAAAGGUCAUUUUAAACAGGAGAGAGCAAAAGCACAUUAUGGCUGAGCGUAAUGUGUUGCUGAAGAAUGUUAAACACCCCUUCCUGGUUGGACUGCACUAUUCCUUUCAGACAACAGACAAAUUAUACUUUGUCCUGGAUUUUGUCAAUGGUGGAGAACUUUUCUUUCACCUGCAAAAAGAGCGGACCUUUCCUGAACCCAGAGCUAGGUUUUACAUCGCAGAGAUGGCAAGUGCUCUGGGUUACUUGCACUCUCUUAACAUUGUUUACAGGGAUUUGAAACCAGAAAAUAUCCUGCUGGACUCUCAAGGACAUAUAGUCUUGACUGACUUUGGACUGUGUAAAGAGGGCAUCUCCCAAGCAGACACAACGACCACAUUUUGUGGGACACCUGAGUAUCUAGCUCCAGAGGUACUCAGGAAACAACCCUAUGAUAACACUGUGGACUGGUGGUGUCUGGGAUCUGUGCUCUAUGAAAUGCUUUAUGGGCUGCCUCCGUUCUACAGCAGGGACACACAUGAGAUGUAUGACAACAUUCUUCACAAGGAGCUUGUCAUGCGCCCUGGGGCAUCCACAGCUGCCUGGUCCAUCCUACAGGCCCUGCUGGAGAAAGACCACACCAGGAGGCUUGGCUUCAGAGAUGACUUUAAUGAAGUCAAAGAACAUGAAUUUUUCUCAUCCAUUAACUGGGAUGACCUUGAACAGAAAAAGCUUCCUCCUCCAUUCAACCCUAGUGUGGAAUCCCAGUAUGACAUCUCAAACUUUGAUCCCGAGUUUACAGAGGAAACUGUGCCAAACUCGGUGUGCUUCUCUUCAGGGCAGUCAAUCAUCAAUGCUAGUGUCAUGGAAGCUGAUGAUGCCUUCCUGGGAUUUUCUUACGCUCCGCCAUCAGAAGAUUCUUUCCUUUAAGGGUGGCGCUGCUUAUGGCGAUCCACAGAGAGGUUUAUUAAAAAUCUGUGAACACUCUCUCUGAUGAAAGGGAAGCAUAUUGCUGAGCAUGAUGUCCCGAUCGGAGGGUGGACCCUUUUGUUUCUUAACAGAAGCAGUGCAUAAACCUUUUGGGAUGCAGGGUGUUUCAAACUUUAUUUUUAUGCAGAAAUAACAUUAUAUUUUGUUUAACAUUGAACGCCUUACCUGAGAGUUUAGCUCAGGAGCUGAAGUAAUGAUGUUGUUUUCCUGAGAAUAUUUUCUAGGGCUGGUGAUAUUUGUAAACAAAACAUCCACUUUGACACAUUCCUUGUUUUUGCCUCAACUCUUACACUUGAUUGCUUAUAAUAUUGUGCAGUAUAUAUGAACAAUAAAGUUUUUGUAGUUUAGUCUUUUAUUAGAAAUUUACUAUAAGGGGAAUUUUUUUUCCAUAUAAUGUCAACACAAGCAAUUAAUUUAUUGCUUGACAUAUUAAUAUAUAUUCCCUUUAUACUGUGUAAUAUGUGAGUUAGAUAAAUAGGCAGACCUUUAAGCUAUUUUGAAGUGAAUUUCAGUAAACCCUGUAAGUUACGGGUCAUUAACAGCCAUAGUGUAAAGUGUAAAUUAUACAUUUGUCGCUAUUUGCAUCUUAGAUUUCUUAGAGUUAAUAGCACUUAAAUACUGACAAUGACCCUGUUAUAAACCACUAUUUAAUUUGCCACCCUCUGCUUAUGAGAUGAGACACCAUAGUGCCUACUGACCUAUGACAUGACCUUUAAAUGAUGUACUGUACAAGUAAACACGUUUUCUUGAAUCA